AUGAUGAAUUUACAUGCCGUGGAGUCAAUAGAUGUAUACCAAGAAUGUUACUGGGAACAAAGAAUGGUUGUCUUGUGGGGAAAAAAGGAGUCAUCACUCUUCCAUGCAGGCCCGAUGAAUUUACAUGCCGAUACAGCAGGCUAUGCCUGCCAAGGUGGGCAGUGAUGGACGGUAACGUAAAUUGCAAAACUACCGAAGUUGAUGACGACAGUGACGAAAUGGCAUCUCUCAAUUCCUGCAGUGAAAGUGAAUUCAACUGUACCAACGGAAGAUGCAUUCCCAGAGAAUGGGUUUUUGAUAAAAAUGACGAUUGCAAAAAUGGUGAAGAUGAAAUUGAACCUUUCAGAUAUUGUAACAAUGCUGAAGAAUUCCGAUGUGACAACGGACAAUGUGUAAAAAGAUAUCGAGUGAAUGACGGCCAUCCAGAUUGCGAAAAUGGUGCUGAUGAAAGAAAACAGUUAGCAAAAUGCAUAACUACAACAGAGUUCCGUUGCAAUGACAGCGGGAGAUGUAUUCCGCGCAAUUGGGUUGGGGAUGGAGUCAAAAAUUGUAAAGAUAGCAGCGAUGAAGUGAUAUUUUGGAAUCAAACUUGCUCAACAAAAGAAUUCGCUUGUUACAACGGGCGUCGAUGCAUUUUGUCUAAAUAUUUAUGUGAUGGGAUGGAUCAUUGUGGAGAUUGUAGCGAUGAAAUAGAAGGAUGCAAAGAAGCGCGUAUGGUGAGGUGUCCUCUCGACUCAUCAAUUUGCAUACCGCAGUCCUUCGCCUGCGAUGGAUUUCAAGAUUGUCCAAAAGGAAUCGACAACCCCCAAUACAUGCCUGGUUUUAAGUGUAAAAAGACUGUCUUAGCAACAGAAGAAGAAAUGUGUAAUAUUCCUCAAUGGACAUUACAUGAUAAUCACACUAUGUGCGAAGACAAAUCGGACUUAUGUUUCAAGAAUAAUUCAUUUAACUGCGCUCGUUGUGUAUCUGACAACAAAAUAAUAGCGAAACGUCAAAUGUGUGAUGGCGUCAUUGAUUGUACAGAUUUAUCAGAUGAAUGCCUUUGUAAUUCGAACCGAAAUAACGUCGAUUUGAUGAAGUUGUGCAAUUCAAUUUGUUAUCAUUCUAACAAAUGUGGUGAUCUUAACAACUGCCGAGUCGGAGAGUUGUAUUGUGAUACGAGCAAAAAAUGUUUAAGCCCUUCUAAGGUUUGUGAUGAUGUUGUGGACUGUCCAAUAUCAGCGAUUGACGAGAAACUAUGCAUUCAGCCUGACAAGGAUGUUGUUGCAAUACAGAAAAGGACUGAUUUUGAUUGUUGGAAAGUUGCAGAUAUUGUUUUGGAAAUAGCACAAACUGAAAAUCUUAUGGAACUUUUCAACAAUCUAUAUUCAACGCACGGUAAAAAGUGUGACGGUGUAAUUGAUUGUACUCGCUUCGAAGAUGAAUGCAAUGCAGAAUGUUAUCUGCCAGAAUGCGAUAAAUUCCAGCUGUUAGAAAUAUCGUUCAUGGGAUUCAUUUUUGGAGGAGCAGUAGAAAAAGUCCGGGUAUGUAGUGAUUAUGCGACGGAAUUUGGUUAUGAUUAUACAAAUUUUGUCCUCGGACAAUCAAUAUGCAAUGGAAUCAAAGAUUGUACAGACGGUGCAGAUGAACAGAAUUGCACAGAUUUUUUCAAAUGCAACGCUGGUACAGUAGAAUCACCACUGGGCACAAGACAGCGCAUUGCCGUCAAAAAAGACAAAGUAUGUGAUUUACAAUCAGACUGCCUGGAUCAAUCGGAUGAAAAAGGCUGCAAUGAUUCGACUCAUUUUUAUUGCAAAAGCGGAAGCCCUCUCUUUGUUCCAUUCUCAUCAGUAAUGAACGGCAAACAAGACUGCGAAGACAAUACCGACGAAUGUCCAGACAACUGGAAUGACCUAAACCCGUUAUCUUCGCCAGAAGAAAUGAUUAGACUUUCGUUUCUCCGUUAUUUCAUCUGGUUUAUGUCAUGUAUCGCAAUUCUAGGAAACCUCGCCGUUAUUAUAGAAACUUGUUACUCUCAAUUUGGCCCACUGUCUAGUGAGCAAAGCCCAAUGAGUCGAUGUAACAGAAUACUGAUAAUAAACCUGGCAAUAUCUGAUUUCCUCAUGGGUGUCACCCUGCUUAUAAUUGGAAUUAAGUCAGCUUCAAUGUCCGGAGAAUACUGUUUAAAUGACAAACAAUGGAGGAUCAGUGGUUCUUGUAACGCAAUCGGAGUUAUGACAGUAUUAUCCAGUGAAACAUCCGUUUUUUCUCUGGUUGUCUUGACCAUGUAUCGCUUUUAUGGGAUUCAUCGACCGUUUCAAAGCAGGAAUGUAAAACCAAAAUGGGCUAUUGUUGCAGUGAUUAUAACGUGGAGCUUGUCCUUUAUUCUAGCUACGUUGCCUCUGAUUCCUUCAAUUAAUCAAACUAUGGUACCAGAAGCAUUCACACAGCCAUCAAUGUACUUUGAAAACACUGUCGUAUCAUGGGAUGACUACAGAAUGUUUGCAGAACGAAUUGCUGUUCUUGGACGCCGUGUAAAUAAAAUAUCAACAAAGUUUGAAACUUGGAAGAGUGCACGUAACAUGUUGGAAAGUAUUUACAAGGACUUUGCUCCAAGUGUACUCGGUUACUUCGGCUUCUACAGCGCCGAUGGAGUCUGUAUUCCAAGAUUAUUCAGAAUAAGCGGAGGACCGUCUCUCCACGCGUUGUCUUUGUUUAUAAUAAGUCUGAAUUUUUGUAUCCUGUUGUUUAUCAUCAUUGCUUAUUGUAAAAUAUACCAUAAGUCAACGCAUAGAAAAGUCAAGGGCAGUGCAACAAAGCACGAUAACCGGAGUAGAGUAAUGCAGAGAAAAAUCACAAUACUAAUUGCGACGGAUCUGUGCUGUUGGCUUCCGAUUUGCGUUAUGUCUAUAGCAAGUCAAGUUGGAACAAACUUCUCGGGAGACGCAUAUGCAGUUGCUGCGAUUCUUCUGUUACCAAUCAACAGUUCCCUAAAUCCGAUUAUAUACUCACGGGGAUUUGCCGUUGCCCGAGCAGCUCUUGCUCGAAAAACUGUAGAAGUUCAUGCUUCUAUCAGACGCCGUAUAACGCGAAAGCCUGAUCCGGAAUUCGAGCAAAAUAACAUCACAAUGCAUGAUAGUGGGAAAACAGGCGUGCAAACGCUGUCUUCAACGUCGGUACCCAAUACUUCGACGCCAUCCAACCCAACGUCUCUACAGUUAGAGGACACGAAAAGAACUUAAUAAAUUGUUUAAUUUGCCAAGUUAUCGGAAUUAUUGUUGUAAAUAAUCACUCUUCUCCGACUGGGCCAGUAUAGAACUGCAUUUUAUCCUAAGUAAUGUCACAUAUAUGUGUAUGUUCAAAAUACAAAAUGUGGGUAUAAUA